AUGAGGCCGCAACAAUCAAACUCUGGAACACUUUUUCCUACCAUGUUAUUUCUCUGUAUUCUUAUACUAUGUGCUACGCAUUAUUUGGAUAAGAAUGACCUUGGAAAAGUAUCCAAUAAGAAGAGCGGUCACAAUGUGUUUAACGUCAUAACUAGCAGAGUACUCAGAGGAUAUGAUGAGACGGAAAUAGAAUCACGAGAACAGAACAGCAGCAACAACAAUCCCUUCCUACCAGGGAAAAAGGGACUAAUGGACGCUCCAUUUAAUGAACGAAACAACAACCGCAACAAGGACAACUUCCCAUCACCAAAAAAGAAAAUAAACGGUCCAUUUUAUCAACACAAUGAGAAAAAAUUAUUCCAUCGAUUAAAUGCGUCCACACAUGGCAGAAAUGGAAGAUUCGAGCUGUAUGAUCGUGGUGAUCACCACCCUUGUGUUGCAGAUGGUUAUGAUGUGAGGGAUCCAUCAUAUGGCAGCACGGGGAAGAAUCGCUUCAGUGCAGUAAAAAGGCGCGACCGUUCUAAUUAUUUAUUUACUAGUAACAGUUCUAUGGAUAGCACUUCUAUGGGCAGUUGCAGUUCUUUAUUUACUGGCAAUAGCACUUUUACGGACAGUUCCAUGGAUAGUUUAACUGACCGCUCCAUGGACAGCUUAACUGACCGUUCCAUGUAUAGCAUAACUGACAAUUCCACGGACUCCUUAACUGACAGUUCCAUGGAAAGUCUAUUUGACCAUUCCAUGGAAAGUCUCUUUCCCAAAAGGAGAGAUGUUCAUGGUGAUUAUCCAACACCUUUUGUAAGAAUAAGGCACGGUGGCAGUCGCAGGGGGCAAAUACCUGCCUUCAGUGGAAGGACACGUCCCUUCCGAAAUAGGAAGGUACAUAGGUACCUUCCUGCCAUUUUCAAAGUACCUAUACUCCAAUUUAUUAAUACUUUUGCAUGUUGUUUAUUACUCUCCAUUCCCAUAUUAUUAUUAUUAGUAUUUUAG